AUGGCGAUCUUGAUAUUGAAGGCCUUGGUUGAUAUACCUCUUCCAGCAUAUUUGUUCAUCUCCUCAUGUUUUAUAUAUCUCUUUGGGAAUAUCGUUGUAAAUCACCUGCAUGCUGUAUUUUCAUCACGCGCUGAUCAGAAAGCCACUGGUCCCAUAAGCUCUAAGCUUGAUUUAGCGGAGAGAGGAAACCUCCAAAGAGAUGAGUCCCUGUCGUAUGAAGAGGUCUUCCAACUCGAGAAGCGGGCAUUUUUCAGUAGGACCUGGCUUUUUGUGUGUCACCAGAGUAGAUUCUUGAAGAUUGGCGACUAUCACACUUUCGACAUUGCUGGAAUAUCUUUUUUUGCUGUACUAGGCAAGGAUUCUAGAAUCCGAGCGUUCCACAAUGUCUGCCGCCAUCGAGCUUAUACUGUGGUACGAAAGUCAUGUGGUAAUUCGACUCGAUUCUCGUGCAAAUAUCAUGGCUGGCAAUAUGAUGAUGAAGGAUCAUUGGUCAAAGCUCCAAAAUUCGACGAAUCUCCAGGGUUCAAUGAUGAAGAGAAUGGCCUUUUCGAAGUCAAGCUGAUAUUGACAAGAGAGGGGCUAAUAUUUGUCAACUUUGACGCCAGCACAAUGAAGUUACCGUUCAAUGAUGUCAAAUCUCAUAUCAACCUUGGCAAUUCAGUCUGGAUUGAGAGUUUCGAGACGACGUCUGCUGCCAACUGGAAGGAUAUUGCGAACGAAUUCUCAAAGCAGGCGCAUUCUUCUCAAAGUAAGUUUCCAUGGUUGAGAGGACUUCGUAAAAUAAAGCAACAUGAACUUCUUGGUCCGCUCAGUACAAUCAAAGAGCUGAGCGAUGGUCUCUGGUGCACAAUAACGCUACUGCCACGUUCAUUCUCGGAAGUCAUGAUCAGAUGUGACUUGUACGGGAAGGAAGGGCACAAGAUUCCAGAAUACGCGGUAGAGAAGUGCAAAAACGGCCUGAGAACAGAAAUGUCGACUUUUGCAAGCCGUGAAGUCUCAAAUGAUAUGCCCAGGUCUUACUUCUCAUACAAAUGUGGAGGGCGGACAAUUGACCUUUUCGCCAUAUUGUCGCAACACCAACGGAGCGAGAGGCUAUCGAAGAAGCGGCUACAGCCAGCGAUUCGAGUAACUGGGGCUGGUUUCAUUGAUACUGAGGCGGCCGAUUUAUGUGAUGUGCUGGAUGGUGCUGUAGCGCCUCCCACGUUGGAGCAGUGUUCAAAAGUGUCUAGCUGGAGAAGGACCGUCGAUUGGUGA